CGACAUGUCCAUCCUGGGCCUCCUGCAGUGCCACAACAAUGCCACCCGAAGGUUGCAGGAACAGCAACUCAUAUUCUGCUUAGGAACCCUGCAGCCCAAAGAACCUACCCCAGAAGAGAGAGCUAAAGCUGUCCGCAAACAGUCAAUAGAAGUGAAGGAAACUUGGGAGCAAUUGAAAACCCAUGCGAGCAACUGGCAGAAACAGGUGGAAAAGGCGUUGGAGAAACUUCAAGAACUGCAGAAAGCUCUGGAUGACCUUGAGGCUCAUGUGAUAACAGCUGAGGGGAUCCACACUGAUUGGCAACCUGUGGGUGACCUGUUUAUUGACUCAUUGCAGGAUCACAUUGAUAAAACCACAGAUUAAAGGAAAAGCCUUACCACGCCAUUUGGCCACUCCUUAGAGAGAGACAACUGGUUAUGAUUUAACCUGAAGAUCACCAUGCCUCAGGCAAGUAGAGGGGUUGAGGCGAAGAUCCUUUGUGGUAAGCUCACUGGUGUGGCAAUUGAGCCCUCUGUUGGAGGGGAUCACUCUGCAUCACAAACCAACCGUUCAGCCAACUGAAUUUGAAUAGAGUUUAGGAUUGGAGAGCAAUCCAUGCAAUUGUAUUUUUUUUAAUGAAUGUUUCUCACUGGCAAACUUUUAAAAACCAGCUCAGCCAUACAGGCGAGAUCAGUUCCUGAUCUCAGCUGAAUUUUUUGAUCUCAGGUGGGUCAGCGUGAGGAGUUCAGUGAUUGGAAUGAAUUCUCAUGAAUUUAGCGAGAGAGAUAUUACACGUGAAUAGAUCAAUGUUUUGAAAAGCGGAUGAGAUAUGAGCAAAUGUUUUUAAUUGAUGUGGAAGACCAGCCACAAUCAUCAUCAACGGUGGAGCAGGCUUGAGCGGCCAUGCAACAUUGUGCUGCCGCUAUUUGACUUGUUCUGUGAAGAGGAAGGAAAAUGGUCAAAGUUUCAAAAAUGCUGAAGACCACAUCAUUCUACAACCUCAAAAUUUGAUUGUGUUCAGCAUAUUAUCACUACUGGUACCCUUAAAUCCUGGUCUAUCAUCUCAGCAACUCUACUCUGCCCAAAAGCUGGUUACUUGUGAAAUUUUUGAAGAAUCUUCCCAAGUCUGAAAAUCAUUUUUUCUUUUUGUAGAAUCAGAGUUGGCGUGUGGAAGGAGGUCUCCUGGCAUUUCAUAGCUCUUUGAAAUAACUCCCCAAUUCGUCCCCCUCUGCUGUGCACUGACUUCAACCACUUUCUAAUCUCUUUAAUGGAUGGGAACUUUUGAAGGCAUCCGGAAUGAGUAUUAAUGAUCCCAGAAUACCACUGAGCCUUAUUAAGUUGUUAGUUCUGAUGAUCAAGAGCUUGAUCAAAGAGGAUUCUUUUAAAAAGUGCCUGAAAAGAGGAAAGGUACAGAGGCUAAGAGGUGGAGGAAGUCUCUUCUUGGGUUUGAAGCCUACACAAUUAAAUGUUUGGCAACCAGUAGUGGGCCAUUUAAAAUCAAGAGUGGGCAAGAGGGCUUAAUUAGAUGAGUGCAGAUAUCCUGAAGUAUGGUUGGACUGGUGGAGAUUACCAAAAUAGCGAUAGGCAGAGCCAAGGAACAAUUUGGAAACAAAAAUGAGAAUUUAAUAAAAUUACUGUUAAUACUAUCAGUUAGGUAGCAAGUACAGAGAAUAGGAUUUGGUUCAAGAUGAGACUCGGGCAGUGGAGUUUUAGACGACCUCAAGUGUUCAAUGGGCAAAUGUGGAACUCUAGCAGGGAAUGCAUUGGACUUGUCACGUCCGGAAGUGAAGUAGUUCUAGUUGAAGGUUUCACUGCUAAUGAGGCAAGACAAGAGACAGCUUUAGGGAUUGCAUGAAUGUGUGGUCGGACGUUCAUCAUGGGAUAAACAAGAUGCCAAGGUUGUGCUGAGACAAGCGUAACAUUACAUUGUUGCCAAGGGGGAGUAAUGCAGUCAGUAGGUAGUGAAUAGAGAUUGGUGUGGGGACCACAAGCAGUGGUCUUCCCAGUUUUAAAUUGUUGUCUCUACAUAGUUCCGCAACUUUAUGUUCUGUUCAAAGAGCAUGACUGACGAGAACGCAGAAGUUAGCCAUUUGUUUACUUGUCAAUAUAUCUUGAUUUUUCCAUCAUGUUCUCCAAUUAUUUCCAAAACCUGUGCAGUGUACUAA